GUACGCCUGCGCGCUCAACUUCGAUCGAGGAAGUGAGUAGGACGGCCAACUGAAGCGACAGAGAAGAGUUUGUUGUUUAUUCCGCUUUCAGAGGAUAAGACACCUCGCAGGCUUUUCAAAAUGUCGGACUUUGACAGUAACCCUUUCGCAGAGCCUGUCAGCGACAACCCUUUUAAUGAUCCUUCUGUCACCCAGGUGACCAACUCCAGCAUAGAACCAGUCAACCAGUACAACCCUUUCCCUGCCCAAUCCAAUGAUGGCCUUGCUGCUCACACUACUUCAGCCUCCACAACUCCUUACCAGCCGGCUGUGUUACAGCCAUCUACAGAGCCCAGUCCACAGGCAACUGCUGCUGCAGCUCAGGCCAACCUGCUGAGGCAGCAGGAGGAGCUGGAGAAAAAAGCUGCCGAGCUGGACCGCAGAGAACAGGAGCUACAGAGUAGAGGCCCGACAGGUAAAGAGAACAACUGGCCUCCACUUCCCAAAAGCUUCCCCAUCAAACCAUGUUUUUAUCAGGACUUCUCAGAGGAAAUCCCUCAAGAGUACCAGAGAGUCUGCAAGAUGAUGUACUAUCUCUGGAUGUUCAACUGUGUGACUCUGUUCCUCAACCUGCUGGCCUGUCUGGCUUACUUCACCACUGAUGCAGCCUUUGGUGUGGAUUUUGGCCUCUCCAUUCUUUGGCUCAUCCUCUUCACUCCCUGCUCUUUCCUGUGCUGGUACCGGCCUGUCUAUAAGGCCUUCAAGACUGACAGCUCCUUCAGCUUCUUCUUCUUCUUCUUUGUGUUUUUCUGCCAAGUGGUGAUCUUUAUCAUCCAGGCUGUAGGCAUCCCCAAGUGGGGAAACAGUGGUUGGAUCGCUGCCUUCACUGUCAUCGGUGAACAUAAGGCAGCAGGAGCCAUUAUGAUCAUAGUGGCCAUCCUCUUCACCAUCUGCUCCGCGAUGUCCAUCAUCCUGCUAAAGAUGGUCCACAGCAUGUACCGCCGCACCGGGGCCAGUUUCCAGAAGGCCCAGCAGGAAUUCUCACAGGGCGUCUUCACCAAUAAAACUUUCCAAACAGCCGCCGCUGGAGCAGCCUCCUCCGCUGCUCAGGGAGCCUUCCAGGGAAAUAACUAAUGUACGAUUGAGCUAAGCAGAGCUAACAGGUUAAGGUCUGUUUGUUAUCAGGUCUACAUAAUUAAUAAAAAAGCGAAGCAAAUCAGGAAGUUUAGGUUCUCUGAGAACUAGUGAUAAGUGAUUCUUCCUGACAGUUAAUGGUACUCUGGAUAUAGCUCCUGUCAUUUGGAUCCAGUGGUUGGAUUUCUGCAAAUUACAAUCGGACCUUAUAACAUACAGAUCUUGAGCCAGGUGAGGCUACGUUGGUAACCUCCCUUCUUUCACCCCCCUAUCAGCGCACAUGUAAAUCCCCAUGUUACUUUUUGCUUUUCCCAUUCAGCCUGCAGAGGGACAUUGUCUAGCUCUCUGUGAGUGUAUAAAGCAGUGGAGGGGAAGGUCACACAUCAAGUGCAGACUGGGGUGUAAAGCAUGAAUGAAGUUGACUGAUUGGUAUCUCAGAGUAUCUUGGCUUUGUAUAUUUUGUGUGCACUUUCUGGCAAUGCUCCUCAGUGUAAUGUGCGAGUGUUUUGGUGUGUGUGUGAGAGAGUGUGUGUACUGGCAUGUCUGUCACACAGGUUCAUGUGGGCUCAGCAUGCUUGUGAUUUUCCACACUGAUGAUAGAUCCUGAUCCUGUAAUAUAAGAUGAAGUGUUUGUCAUUGAUUGACAUUUAUUCAGUCUCAAAAGCCUUUCUCAGUUUAGAAACAGUUUUGGUUUUGUGUGCUGCAAAUUUCAAUCUAAUGAGGAAGAUAACAGAUAGCUCCUGUGGCUAUCUAUAAUCUGUCUAGCCUUGAAGUUUUGGUUAUUAUUUGGAUGCUAUCGUAAACAAUCAUUUUAAUUUGCGGUCAGUUAUUCAGGAUUGCUGCUCCUAAUGGUUCCUUCAUAAAUAUCACAUCCACAGGGGAGAAGUCGAAUUUGCUUCAGUUUAUUUUAUUCCUGUAAACAGCAAAUUUGAAUCUACCUUAGUUUAGUAUAGAGCAAGUAUAACUGUGAUAAUAACUGUGGCCUAAUUUACUUGAUAAACCAUCAAACUGAUUUUUUUGGAAUAUCAUGUUAAUGGUUUUCGAAGCAGCUUCAGCAACAUCUUUUCAUUGCCUUGCUCAAAAGUUGUUUCUAAGGACAACAAAGCAGUACUGACUGCGAAAGUGGAAAGUUUUGCGAAUAAAAAAUGUAUUUAAUAAUUAAAAGUAGAUUAUCAUCCUUUGUUGUAGUUAGUUUAAAUGGACUGAGUCAGUCCAGUCGUGAGCCUGUUCUUCGGAUCUUUACACUAACAUUGUUGCAGGACGAGGAUUGUGAAUCAUCACAAAUCAUCAGAAAAUGUCUCUGCACUCAAAUUUGCCCAAUGUGUCUUUUUUCUAAGUUCGUCCCAAGCAGUGUUAAUUUGCCAUAACAUUGAUCUUCCUAACAACAGAUCCACUGUCUCCACAUAACCAGUACUCAGCUACGGUAUUGCAUUUCACUUUUGCCUCACAGAUUGUUGCACUUCUUUGCAGAAUUUUAGCUCUUAAAGGUCUUCCCUGUACCUCCUGUAAGACGACCACCAAGCUAUAAAUUAUUUGCAUACUGGUGUAUAUUUUGUAUGUGAUUUCUUAUAUUGAAAAGCAUGCUUAUGUGUGUGUUUAUUUGAUGUACUGUUCAAACAUCAGCUUGGAUGUAAUGUAUGCCAGCAUUCCUAAAUAGCAAUUCAGAUGAUUUGUGUGAUGUUCUUGUGCCAGAUGAUAGUCUAAUUCAAGGUUCGGCCUUACAUCAUUAUGAAAUGUAAAAAUUUAUAUUCACACAUUUCUCGAUGCAUUGUUUGGGAGAACAAAAUUCAGUGCCUUUUGUAUUUCAACUUUGAAUAUAGCAUUUAAUAAAAUGAUUUGCUACCAUUUAAA